UAAAGAGAAAAUCUAAACAUGGCUUUGUCUAGAAUUUCACUGGCACUCAUAAUGUGCAUCUUAGGUUUGGGGGUAACCGAGUCGUGUUGUGCCCAAAACACCCCUCAAGACUUCCUUACCCCCCAUAAUCGAGCUCGUGCUGAGGUAGGGGUCGGGCCUAUGACAUGGGAUGACUCUGUGGCGGCUUACGCGCAACGCUAUGCGAACCAACGCCGAGGCGAUUGUAAACUCAUUCACUCUAGUGGACCUUAUGGGGAGAAUCUUGCAUGGAGUAGCGGUGACCUAUCCGCUGCCGGUGCCGUCAAAAUGUGGGUGGCGGAGAAGUCACUAUAUGAUCACAACUCCAAUAAAUGUGUUGGUAAAAACCCUAUGGGGUGCUUGCACUAUACUCAGGUGGUGUGGCGCGACUCCACGCGCUUGGGCUGUGCUAAGGUGCGGUGCAACUCUGGGGGUAGUUUCGUCAUUUGCAACUAUAAUCCCCCAGGAAACUAUAUUGGGCAGUGGCCUUACCAAAAGCUAGCUGCAAGCAUCUGAUCUAUUACUAGCCACAACUAUUCAUCGGUUACGUACAAUUUUCUUUUUGAGUAUGUGUUGUGUGUGUAUUUUAACUUGAUUGUGAAGUGGGCAUGUGUGUUUCAGCAAGGAAAUGUAUCUUUCUAUGAAUAAAUGAUUAAUUAAUUAGUAAUAAUACAGAUGCUUCAUCUUAAU